AGAUUAGACGACUCGAUGCUCGGAAGGAAUACAUUUGGUUGCGAAGGUGGUGGUGCACUAGUACCAACGCGGGGAGAUUCACCUUCACCUAGACCUUUCUUUCACCAUGUAAGAGGGGAUUUGUAUAUAAAAGCUCUCUUCUGGGUAGCAAAGGCAUCAGAGACCACAAUUUCACUCACAUACCCGGUUCCUUACUUGACCGACAAACAACUAGCGUAUCGAAAUAAUACCUUGUUUAGAAUCAACAUGAGAUCAUUAGUGAUUUUGGUGCUGGUAGCGGUGGCCAUUUCCCGCGUCUCGUGCAGAGAACUGAAGGGGGACAAACGAUCGUCGAGGCUGCCGCUUAAAGGGAAGCGUGGCAUCGUCGAUUACUCAGGAGGAUCGUCUUACAACUCUCCUCUCAUAAGCUCUGGAUACACCGGCGGAUACUCCUCGGCCCAUUCCCCCUCCAUUCCUUCUAUCCAAAGUUUAGGAGGCGGCUCGAUGGGAUACUCGCUAGGAUCCGGAGGACUGGGCCACAACUUCGGCAUCUCGUUGGGAGGGCAACACUUUGGGGGAGCGCAAUCGUACUCCUCGCCCGGUCUCGGCUCCCUCGCCGGUGGAGGAGGCCUGUUCAGCCCGCCGUCCAAAAAUGGACCGGUCACGUUCGGCAUCCACGGGGGAGGUGGUUCUUCUUCCUCGACCAGUUACUCGGCCCCUGUCUACGCGACAGGUGUUCACGGAUUGUCGUCGUACGGCAGCGGCUCCUCUCAUCAAGGGAUCAGCCUUUCGUCCAUGUUGGGAUCCGGUCACAGCUACGGCCUACCGGCCUCGUCCCUCGGCUCGGGUCACGCCCUGUCGAUGAUCCACUCCAUCUCACCGGGUUACGCGGCCAGCGGGGGUUUGGUAAUCGAUUCUAGCUCCCUUGGGAAAGGAUCCUCGAGCUACAGCCUCCCACUCUCCUCCUCCCACGGAAGUUCGUCCCUGUCUACCGGUAGCUCCUCCAGUUACGCUCUCCCCGUGUCCUCGGGAUCCUCUCAUUCCGGGAUUUCUGCCCUUCACUCCGGCUCCACAGCCAGCUACUCCCUGCCCGUCUCCUCUGGAUCGUCCAUAGGGGGACACAUAAGCUUCUCUGGCGGCUCCUCGGCGGACAGUUAUUCCCUUCCCGCCUCCUCCAUCUCCGCCUCGCACCCUUACGUAACGGUUAUGUCCGACGCCUCCUCCUCCUCCUCGGGAAGUUCCAGCUACUCGAGUCCGUCCUCCAGCUAUUCCGCGCCUGCUUCCGGAUCCAUAUCCAGCUACUCGAGCCCUGCCUCCUCCUAUUCCAGCUCGGGUUAUUCCGGCACAUCGAGCAGCUAUUCCCCUAUCUAUUCCGCUCCUUCGACGUCCUACGGUACCCCGAUGGAGUCACACGGCUCGUACUCGAAUCUGGCGGCAAGAUACGUCGAGUAUCCCGGCUCGAAGAGCUACGAAGAUUCUACGAGCAGCAACAAAUACGACACGAUUUCGUAUUCAAGUCCAAGUGGGAAGUAUUGAGUUGUUCGUUGUUGCUCGAGAAUCGGACGUCCGCGAGACUCGGAGAGGAGGUGGAUCUCGAAACUGUAGAGUCUAUCGUGAGUCUUGCCCUGAGUUCUUACGGAUCCGUGUCCGAUCCAUAGGAUACCGUUCUAAUUUAUACAUUUCACGUUUCUAGAAUUAAUUGUAUUAUUUAAAACGCCGUAUUUAUAUUAUAUACUGCGAAUUAAUUUGUACGAAGAGUUCCGCAACAUCGAUAUCUCUUCGUUCGAUAUCGGUGUUCAUAGUUUUAUACAUGUUCUUGUUUGUAAUAAAGCGAUUCCUUUUUGUAACCGUUUUUCAUUA